CAGUGCCCUCAGCUCUAUAGUCUAUAGUGUCUAGCGAUGGCAGUGUUGGACCCGUCUGUCUGUGUGUGCGCCAUUUUCGCAGCUUUGGCUGUCGGUAUUGCAUUUUUCUACAGAUGGAUCACUUCAAAGCAUGACUACUUCUUGAAGCAGGGAAUCAAUGGCCCAACACCCACCAUCCCUACAGGUUCUUGGAGAAGAGCUUGGAAACUGCAAGCUGGAGAAGAGGAUUUGGCAAGACUGAAAAGAUACGGAAAGGUUCACGGAACUUUUGAUGGCCCCAUCCCCAACCUAAUAAUAGCAGAGCCUCAACUGAUAAGACAAGUUCUUCAUGAACAGUCAAGCAAAUACCGCAGUAGAAGGGCAUACAGAGUGAAGAACCAGAUUCUACACAAGAGUCUUUUAGCCAUUGAAGGUACGGAGCCCAAAAGUAUCAAGGAGGUUACCAAUGCAGCACUUUCAUCUGAAAACAUCAAGAAGUUGGUGCCUCGAAUGAACAAAGCAGUUGAUACAUUUACUCAACUGAUCAUAAGAGAAUCUAAAGCCGAUGCCAAAGUCAACGUAUCAAAGUGUGUGAUUGAAUACCUCAGCGAUGCUCUUGCUUUUACUAUGUUCGGACUUGAUCUCAACGCUGAUGAAAAGCUUAAGAAACAAUUCAACAUGACAAUAAACUGUGCCUUUGCAGUAGUGAACCCGAAGAGUGCCUUUUCUAUUUCCCCAUUUUUGUUCGAGUCUCUGGGCACACUUGAUGACUUUGUUCUGAGGAAAGAUUGUCUCGGUUUCCUCUCUGACUUAUGUUACUCUGUGUUGAAACAAAGAAGAAGCCAGGAGGUUUCUACUGAGGGGAAAGCUGUAGAUUUCCUUGACCUGCUUUUGUCAGCUGCUGAGGAGGAAAAAAAACAAGCUGUCAAAAAUAAAGGUGUAGAUGAAAAGGAGGUAGAACUUCUUCUGACAGAUAUGGAAAUUGUAUCACAGUGUGUGAGUGUUGUGCUGACUGUCGCACAGCUGUCUAGGUCUUCUCUCGCCCUCUCCCUCUACACUCUCGGCUCUCUGCCUUCUAUACAAGACAGGCUGCGGAAUGAAGUGGAAAACCUGCUUCAGAAACAUAGCGCCAGUACCUAUGAGCUAGUGCAGGAGUGUGAGUACCUAGAUAUGUUCCUUGGAGAGAUUCUGCGGCUUUAUCCUCUUGAGUACAGACUGGAGCGAGAAUGUGUGGAGAACACAACCCUAGGAGAGGCCAAGGUGGAGCAGGGAACAUUGGUCUCUGUGCCAAUCUAUGCAAUUCAUCGACUCGAGGAAUACUACCCUGACCCUGAAACCUUUCAGCCUGAAAGAUUUUCUCCUGAGAACGCUUCCAAGAGAGACCACAGUAUCUACCUGCCGUUUGGCCAGGCAGGCACCAACUCGUCCAACAUCGGCAUCCGUAUGGGAGUGUUGUUGACCAAACUAGCUGUAGCAGUGCUGGUGUCUGCCUUUCAAAUGUCCAGUGUUGAGGGAGCAAAGGUCCCAGCAACUUUACAAAAUGGCUUCACAGUCAUACCUCAGCCAGAAGAGUUGUGGGUUAAAGCCACAGUUAAAUAAAGUUGAUUGUAAUAUGUGUUCGUGAUUGCUAAUUCUACUAAUACAAAAUUUAUAUUGAUUGUUCAAUUUGUAGUAGCAUGGAAAUCAGAAUACUAUAAUUAAUUUCAAGUGUGGCAUUUACUUAUUAGGUUUAUUAUCUUUG